GGGGCGGAGGUCGACCGGCGGUCCGCUUCCGCCUUCCUGCUGCUUGUGGAGCUCGGCCACAGCGGCGUGCACGAACGCCUCCAUGACGGCGGCCAGCUGCGCGUGCAACUUCGUCUUCGAUAUUCCGUCAGUUUGUUCUGCCCCCUGACGGAAAUAUUUGGAAUUACACCAUACAACAACUUCAUUUCCCACAAGGCAUUUCGAUGUUUCGCUCUGCACGUGCCUCCUCCUCGUCAUCAUCACAAUCAUGUCGGUCUUCAUGGACUUAAACUUGACUUUCUCUGCAGAUAGAAGCAACAUGCAACAAAUCAUCGACACGGCAGCUUAUCUUGGUUUCUCCACGGUAGCCGUCAACUAUACGUUUGAACCCUCUAUCAAAAAGAAAGAGACGGUUCCGUCACCCAAGCCGGUCGAAGACCUCAUUGAUCAGCUGCCUAUCGUCCAGGGUCGCUCUCGACCAAUCCGAGUGCUCAACAGACUGACGCUGGUGCUGUCGGAGCUGAGUCACUUUAGGCCAAACCUUACGGAGUAUGCCAACUUUGACCUCCUGGCGGUCCAACCAACAACAGAAAAACUUUUUCACGCGGCCUGCACGCAGUUGGAGGUUGAUGUGAUCAGCGUGGCGAUGACGGAAAAACUUCCCUUCUUCUUCAAGAGAGCUCCAGUCAACGUGGCUCUGGAGAGGGGUUUGGCGUUUGAAGUGUCCUACACUGCCGCCAUCAGAGAUGCCACCAUGAGGCGCUACACUAUUGCUAACGCUGUUAGCCUGGUGCAGGCCUGCAAAGGGAAGAACGUGCUGGUGUCGAGUGCAGCGAUGAAGCCUCAGGAGCUCCGAGGACCCUAUGACAUCAUCAACCUAUGCUCGUUGAUGGGUCUGUCCGACGAGGAAGCUAAGCGCUCAGUUUCCUCCAUCUGUCGCUCGCUUUUACUGCAUGCAGAAACCAGGAAGGCCGCAAGCGGCGUCAUUUCCACCAAAAAGAGCUGCGGCGAGAAACCCCAGCAGCAGGAGGCUCCCAUAUCUCGCAACACGGGUGAAGGGGACUCGGGCGAGGGGUGUGCCCCCGCUGCCAAGCGACUCAAAAGUCAGUUGACGGACUGAGUGAUCGUGUCCCAAAGAUCAGCUUCACCAUCUGCUGCUAUCCGUCUUAGAAAGUCCAGCCAGCUGGACAUUACGGACCUUUUGUUUGUUUGUUUUGUUUUUUUUUUUAACUGCAGCAGACUC